AAACCAGGCAAAAAAUAUAAAUACAAUAAAAUGAAGGGGUAAAAAUUGAAAUUUAAUAGGCUGGGGGUUGGUGACAACUGACUACAAUUAGAAGGUUACAUCACCAAACCAACCAUAAAAUUACACUUUGAAAUCCAAAUCAUUCAUCUCACCAACUCCUCCUCCUCUUCUUCGUCUCUCUCUUUUGAUAUUUAAAGCUUUCUGGAGUGUGCGCGGCACAAACUCAGAUCAAAAGCAUGGGAGGAGACAAAAAAGUUUACACCUUUGCUGAGUGUUCUGAGUUCAACAACCGCGACAAAUGUUGGCUCGUCAUCCGCGGAAAGGUAUAUGAUGUAACAAAAUUCUUGGAUGACCAUCCUGGUGGUGAUGAUGUCAUACUAUCUAGCACAGGAAAGGAUGCAACUAAUGAUUUUGAGGAUGUGGGGCAUAGUACAAGUGCUUACUCAAUGAUGGAUGAUUUCUACAUAGGAGAUAUUGACACAACAACUAUUCCUUCUAAGGUGACAUACACACCACCAAAACAGCCUCAUUAUAACCAGGACAAGACACCAGAGUUCAUCAUCAAGAUCCUCCAAGUACUUGUUCCUCUUCUAAUUUUGGGUGUAGCCGUCGGAAUUCGCUUCUACACCAAGUCAGCUCAAGCUUAAGAAACAAAAAGUUGAAUUUCUCAAUAGUAAUUUGAAAAAAAGAAAAAGAAAAUUGACAAUAAAUAAGUUUGAGGAGACAGACACCCCCUUUUGCUUUUGUUAUUUUGAGUUGGUAAUUGUUUGUGCUUUGCUUUUUCUAUUGUAAUUUUUUCUCUGAAAUCUCAAAUUGUCACUCUUUAGAAUAUUUCCAUUUUAUGAUCUCACAAGCUUGUCUA